UUAGUUAGUACUUGAAGUGUAAUGAAUGCUGUUUUCAUGUAAAAGGUGAAUGUGGGUGUGGGUAUCUUCGAUAAUAAUAGCAUUUUUCACGUGCUGGUGUGUGCUGUUAAACGCAGCUGAAGCACAACAGGGAGCCAUGUUUCCAUCUUCUCACAAUGUAGCCGGAUGACCAAGAUGUAAUUGUGCGACUCAAACCUCGUAACCCAGAAGCGCGCGCGGCGUGACCCGAGGCCGCAGCCAUGGCGGACCUGGAGGCGGUGCUGGCCGACGUCAGCUACCUUAUGGCCAUGGAGAAGUCCAAGUCGACUCCGGCGGCUCGGGCCAGCAAGAAGAUUGUCCUGCCGGAUCCCAGUGUGCGGAGUGUCAUGCACAAAUACAUGGAGAAGAUGGGCCAGGUCAACUACGACAAAAUCUUCAAUCAGAAACUAGGCUACCUGCUGUUCAAGGACUUCUGCGAGAACUGUGUGGAGGAGGCCGUACCGCAGCUGAGCUUCUACGAGGAGAUAAAGAAGUUCGAAAAGCUGGACAAGGUGGAGGACCGGAAGAAGCAUGCCCGGGACAUCUACGACAACUUCGUCAUGCGCGAGCUACUCUCCCACUCGCACAACUAUUCGAAGAAUGCUGUGAGCCACGUGCAAAAGUACCUGACUAAAAAUGAGGUGCCGGCGAAUCUUUUUGAGCCGUACAUAGAGGAGAUCUUCAGUCAGCUGCGUGGCAGUCUCUUCACCAGCUUUAUCGAGAGCGAGAAGUACACGAGAUUCACUCAGUGGAAAAAUUUGGAACUCAACAUCCAGCUGACGAUGAACGACUUCAGUGUGCACCGCAUCAUUGGCCGUGGCGGCUUCGGCGAGGUGUACGGUUGCCGCAAGGCCGACACGGGCAAGAUGUACGCCAUGAAGUGUCUGGACAAGAAGCGGAUCAAGAUGAAGCAGGGCGAGACGCUGGCGCUCAACGAGAGGAUCAUGCUGUCGCUCGUCAGCACCGGGGCCAAUUGUCCCUUCAUCGUGUGCAUGACGUACGCCUUCCACACGCCGGAUAAGCUGUGCUUCAUCCUGGACCUGAUGAAUGGCGGCGACCUUCACUACCAUCUCUCGCAGCACGGCGUCUUCAGCGAGAACGAGAUGCGCUUCUACGCGGCCGAAGUCAUUCUAGGUCUGGAGCACAUGCACCGCCGCUACAUCGUGUACCGUGACCUGAAGCCGGCCAACAUCCUGCUGGAUGAACACGGCCACGUCCGCAUCUCGGACCUGGGGCUCGCCUGCGACUUCUCCAAGCGCAAGCCGCACGCCAGCGUGGGCACACACGGAUACAUGGCGCCGGAGGUUCUGGCCAAAGGUCAGGCGUACGACAGCAGUGCCGACUGGUUCAGCUUCGGCUGCAUGCUGUACAAGCUGCUGAAGGGACACAGUCCCUUCCGGCAACACAAGACUAAGGACAAGCACGAAAUCGACCGGAUGACGCUGACCAUGAACGUCGAGCUGCCGGACACGUUCUCCGGGGAGCUGCGAGACUUGCUGGAGGGCCUGCUGCAGCGUGACGUCGACAAGCGGCUGGGCUGCCUCGGCAGGGGGUCGGACGAGGUGAAGGAACACCCGUUCUUCCGCGAGCUGGACUGGCAGCAGGUGUACCUGCAGCGGUACACGCCGCCGCUGGUGCCACCGCGCGGGGAGGUGAACGCCGCCGACGCCUUCGACAUCGGCUCCUUCGACGAGGAAGAUACCAAGGGCAUCAAGCUCACGGAGCAGGAUCAGGAGCUGUACAAGAAUUUCCCGCUCGUGAUAUCGGAGCGCUGGCAAAACGAGGUAGCCGAGACCGUGUUCGACACGGUCAAUGCCGAGGCCGACAAGCUGGAGCAGAAGAAGCGAUCCAAGCACAAGCUGCGCUUCGACGCCGACGAAAAGGAUUCCGACUGUAUCCUGCACGGCUACAUCAAGAAGCUGGGCGGGCCGUUCGCCUCGGCCUGGCAGACGCGCUACGCCAAACUGUACCCGAACCGGCUGGAGCUGUACCCCGAGUCCGGCAGCAGCAAGCCCGAGCUCAUCUUCAUGGACCUGGUGGAGGACAUCGGAGCCGACCUGCAGCAGGUCAAGGGCGAGCAGAGCAUCGUCAUCAAGACCAAGGAAGGCAAGGUGGUGCUCACCAACUCGGACGAGAUUGGCUUGAAGGAGUGGGUGCUGAGCCUGCGCUCCGCCCACAAGUCCUCCGUGGAAAUGCUCUGCAAGAUGGCCAGGAAAGCCGGCCGAAUUUACGGCACGGACUUGGAAUCUACAAAUUGUUCUAAAAGUGCCAAUGGAAACUAGGACUGAAACUGCGGUGGCGCAGAGUCGCGGACGCCUGGUGCCCUCGUGUGUAACCUGUACCUCGGCGCCCGCCACCAGAUGGCGGGUCGAUCGCCACGGUACUCUAUGGGUUGAAGGCUAGUCAGUGGAGACAGUAGCGAUGGGCUGAAGUGCGUGAACAUAGCAAGAUGUUGUUCUUAUGUGUAUACUUUUCUACUAGUCUCCAUGGUGCCAUUGCGUUAUCUUCACAUUCGACAGCCUUUAUCGGCGUCCGCAUUUUAGCGCGUGACCUUGUCAACUUUUCUACUUUUGACUUGUGUUGAAACGCCUCUGCUGUACAUUGGCCCCUUGCUCGGCCCCAACUCUCCGCGAGAUUUAUUGUUGGAUGUGCUGUGCGAGAUUUGUUGAAGCACAUCGCAGCGCGAUGAGUGUGUAGCCUGUUGUCAGUCAACAUUGGGUGCCAGCGCUGUUAGGCGCGGCUCGCGUGUGUUGUAUCUGUGUGCACGCGUGCGCCGGCGCGCUGGUUUGCGGCCCGCUCGCGGGGCAGGACGCUGGCCGCCCCUCCACAGCAAUACGCGCGGCCGGGCGGGGCCGCCGGCGCGCGCCGCCGACCCUUUCACCGCCCUCCUCUCCAGCGUUGACCGCGGCCCGCUGUAUCCCGCUCCGGCGACCACUGUACAACAUAGGUGACCAUCGGCUACUGCCGCGACCGACUGUUUGCCCGGUGCAAUAGAGGCCCGGUCCUACUACUCACCGGCGGGACGGGAGCCGUGUAUGCACUUACUGUGUCUUGUCAUAAAACACUACUCGCCUCCGUUCUCGAAUCGCCGUUGUUUUUUUAGUGAAGAGGUCGUGGAAGCGCUCCUCGUGUUGUCCACAUCAUGCGUGAGAAUUUGCCGUCGGCGGUCAUCCGCUGCCGGCCUGAGGUGCGGCGCUGCGGCAGUGCUUGCUUGCGUGGAGUCGCCCCCGCUGUCCGUUUCCCUGAGUGCGCGAGCGCGCACGCGCGGGUCGUCUGCGGCUGGCGUGGCACGGAGCCGGCGCCGCCGCCCGGACCGCGCGGCUGGUACAGCUGGCGAUCGCGGCGCCGGGCGGCACCGGCGCGCCGCUGCCGCCUGUCCUCGUGAACCGUAUAUCCGAUGUUUCAUAAUAAAAGG